AUGGACGGCGGCCGCCGCGGGACACAAAGGACGGCUCGGCGGCGGCGGGCGACGCGGCGCGGGGCCAUGGCGGCGGCGGCGGUGGCGGGGCCGGGCAUCGGCGGCGGUGGCGGUGGCCCGCGGUACAGCCUGCUGGCCGAGAUCGGCCGCGGCGCCUACGGCGUGGUGUACGAGGCGGUGUCAGGCCGCAGCGGCGCCCGGCUGGCGGUGAAGCGGAUCCGCUGCGACGCUCCCGAGAACGUGGAGCUGGCGCUGGCCGAGUUCUGGGCCCUGACGAGCCUCCGGCGGCAGCACCCCAACGUGGUGCGGUUCGAGGAGUGCGUCCUGCAGCGGCACGGCCUGGGGCAGCGCAUGAGCCACGGCAACAAGCGCAGCCAGCUCUACCUGCGCCUCGUCGAGACUUCCCUCAAAGGUGAGAGGAUCCUGGGCUAUGCAGAGGAGCCUUGCUACCUGUGGUUCGUCAUGGAAUUCUGCGAAGGGGGAGACCUCAACCAGUAUGUGCUGUCCCGAAGGCCAGACCCAGCUACCAACAAGAGCUUCAUGCUGCAGCUCACCAGUGCCAUUGCCUUCCUGCACAAGAACCACAUUGUCCACCGGGACCUGAAGCCAGACAACAUCCUGAUAACUGAGAAAUCUGGCACCCCUGUGCUCAAGGUGGCUGACUUUGGGCUGAGCAAGGUCUGUGCUGGCCUGACUGCUCGGGGCAAGGAGGGUGGGCAUGAGAACAAAAAUGUGAAUGUGAACAAGUACUGGCUGUCCUCAGCCUGUGGCUCCGAUUUCUACAUGGCACCCGAGGUAUGGGAGGGACACUACACUGCCAAGGCUGACAUCUUUGCCCUCGGCAUCAUCAUCUGGGCCAUGAUUGAGAGGAUCACUUUCAUUGAUGCCGAGACCAAGAAGGAGCUGCUGGGCACUUACAUCAAGCAGGGGACUGAGAUUGUGCCCGUUGGGGAAGCGCUGCUAGAAAACCCAAAGAUGGAGCUGCACAUCCCUCAGAAACGCAGGACUUCCAUGUCUGAGGGGAUCAAGCAGCUCUUGAAAGACAUGUUGGCUGCUAACCCGCAGGAUCGACCUGAUGCCUUUGAGCUUGAAACCAGAAUGGACCAGGUUACAUGUGCUGCUUAAAUUCAGGGCAGGGCACCGCUGUGCUUUGCAGCUGGAUUUAUUUACCAGGGACCCAUAAUCUCCAUUAUUUACGUGCAACAAGGAAGUCAAAGAUAAGGGAAGAUAAUGAUACGGAAGAUCCCUGGUCUACAGGAUUUCUGGCAAUGUGAAAUAUCUGGGUGUUACUUUUUUGAGUUGGGAAGGGGUGUUGUGGGAAUGUGGGAGGGGGCUGCAGGGGCCUAUGGAAGAUCACAAGCUGGCAGCUGUCACACUCACAAGACUUUGAAACAAGAUCCGGAGAGCAGAGCUGCCCUUGCCGAGCCCUCCCCAUGUCUCCUGUGCUGCUGUUUGACUCAGUAGAUGUUUCUAGGGAUGCGGUUUCAUAGGGAAGUGGGAAUCAGCGGCCUGAUGGUGAGGUGUGCUGCCAGGCACCAGCUCUGAGUCCAGCUGGGCAUAGUUUUGGGUUCAAAGCUAUUGAUUUUGCCUAGGGAAAAUGGGAGCAAAGUGAUGGCUAGGUUUGCAUUGGGAGUGCAGUGCUUUAGGUAAAACAAGUCUCUUGGACCACACGUUGCAAGCAGCUAAAUAACUUGUGAGCAGCUGACAUUAGAAUAGAGUAGGAUAAAUAAGCUGGAAAAGCCAUUUGGCAGAGCAGGUCUUCCCGAUCUGUAUUUCAUGACCAUCUUGGUUAUUGUCUUUCUAUUCAGAGGCAACUGGGGAGCUGCUGAGUUCAUUUUCAGGUUGACAUUAUCUGAGUACAGGAGAAACAGAAAGCAGUCCACUGCUCUGAUCCAUUUAAUGCCAAACUUCAGUCGAUAGGAACAAUGCUGUGGCGAGAAGGAUGUUUGGCCUUAAUGGGUCAUGGGCUGGCUUCUAGCCUCCCACAGGACACCUUUCCCUGCUAGAUAAUGAUCUCCAGGAAGCAAAAGGCAAUGCUGCUGUUCAAGGUGGGUUAUAGUACAGUACAGCUCAGGUCAGGAGAUUGGAACCUCAGGCUGAGCAGUUAAUACUCGAUUUCCUUGCCUAUAUUUAAAGCAGAACUCCUAUUCUGGGGCUGCCCUGUGUUGAUGAUCUUUAGACUUUGCUCACUGUAAAUGCAAUGUAAAGCAUCACCUCUUC